CUUGUGGCGGCCAGAUUGGCUCGAUUUAUCUUUCAUUUUCAGCCACAAUUACAAGUUGUGAGUGCAGUAAAUUACGCUACUGCGCUACGUUCAACUUGAAGCUUGAAGCAUUACUUCUUUCAAUCGUUCUCUCUCAUACAAGGCUAAUUCUAUAUUUUUUACGUCCGAGACAUGUCGGUCGCACCCCAGAUUUCAGUCCGCCUUGCCAUCGCAUUCACAGUCUUAAAACAUAAGCCGAAGGACCAGUCCAUCCCAAGUUAUCUCCUCGACCUUCAGUCUCACUUUCCUGUAUCCGACGAUAGCCAGGCAACGUCUGAUGAGGGUGCGUGGAGAAAUCAUGCGCUUUCACUCGAAAGAGAACUUGAGUCCUUGAUGCAGAAGCGGGAAGACGAUGAAGCAGAACUUGUUCGUUUGCGGCAAAACGCGACAAAGGAUAUACCAGACGAUUUGGACACUGCUCCCCAAAAGAAGAAAACGAAGAAGGCUGGUAAAGCUCAAGAGCUUCAACUUCAGGACGAUGAUUGGCCUGCAAAAUGGAAAGAACGCCUCAAUGCGACAGGCCAAUCAUCGACAUCCCUCACCGCAGCAUUCGCCUCCCUCCGAAGUGUUCUCAACUCAGCAAGUUCGCAGACAGGUGACGACCCACCACACAACUCGGGCCUGCUAGCUGCGAUCACACGCACAAUUGACACCAUCGGUAAAUUCCUAGGCCUCCAAAAUAUCUCGACGUCUUCUGUUCCAUCAGAACUCAACGAGUUGAGAAUCGCAAUGGCCUCCCCACUCCUGGUGUACGUCUUGCGCGUCGCUCUUCCAGCCCUCUUCUACCAAAACAUCAGCAAUUUCCAGCAGUAUCGCUGUAUCCCGCCUCAUCGACACCCUAUUCGUCCCCGUUGUCUGCAGCUUCACUCUCGUAUCCCGGGCAUACGUCAUGCACCAUCUAGGACGCAAGCUUGGCUAGGAAGACGUCGAAAAGCCGCAAAGGAAACGAGAAUGUCCGAAACGUCCAAGCCAGACACUCGUUCCUGACGUUCGUAUGGACCUCUUGACUCUUCUCGACGAGGCGCUGAGUACGUUAGACUCAAUAUCACCCC